GGCUGGAUAAAGGCUCUCUCUGUCUCUCUCUAUAUUUGAGUUGUAGAUAGAUAAAGGGCUCAUCGGCUCAAACCUAAACGCUGCAAAGAACUGGCUGGAGUCGCUGAACAGUAAAGUUGCUCGCAGUGAAGCGCACGCGACACUCUCUGGCUCCCUCCCUCCCUCCCUCUUUCCAACCGCGCACCUCCGCUUCUCUCCUUGAAGUAAAGCGAAGAUAAGAAAUAAGCAGGCCGUGUUCUUCGCCGUCUUUCACCGCUCUCUCCAUUGCCCCAGAGCAUGCCAGAAUUGAGGAGAUAACAUAGUUGAUACUUGAAAACAAAAGCGCUAUGGAUGAAAGUCUAAAAAAGCGCAGGUCUUUUUGGGAUUCCGAGGAAAAUUCUUCUCAUCAUGAGGUCGAUGUAAAAAAUGCUUGGGUUGGGAAGGGUCAGUAUCCCAGUCAUGAUGGAAGACGUUUCAAGGAGCAGAAUUCUUCAAAAGCAGAUAGUUCAUCCAAUAGGUAUUCUAGCUGGAAUGACUCACCGCAAAAUAGUCAACUGCAACCAAAUAAGAGGAUCAGCAAGGAUGCUGAGCGUCUUUCAGAAACUGAGGAGCACAAGAGGGGAAAGUUUUAUCGAGAAUACUCGUCUCCAACUUUUGAUGGACCAAGGCAGCAAAGGAAUAGCAAGUUUUCUGAACAUGGUUUGAAACAGUCUCGCAGGAUUCCAGGAAGAGGCAGGAGCAGAAGCCGCAGCUGGAGUAGGGAGAAAAGAUGGAGGAGUAGAAGUAGAAGCAGGAGUAGGGACAAGGGACAUUUCAGAGGCAGGCCAAGAAGUCAUGGUUCUCCCCCAAAUCAGAAAUGUGAUUCAUAUGAAUGGGAUGAUAGACAAAUUGGAUCUCGAAUGUCAUCAAAAGUCUGUAGAGAAUUUUCCAGUGGGAGGUGUAGGAGAGGUGGUGAAUGUAGGUUCUUUCAUCCAGAUAAUUUUAAGGUUAAGGACAAAUAUUCUUUAGAGCACAACCUUGCAGAAAGAUGGAGUGGUGGGCAUGAGAGUGCAGAAGUCUCAAGAUAUGCGAAUAGUGAAACCAUUGAAGUUCGUUGUCGGGGUAAGGUUCCUGAUCUCUAUAAUAUAGAGAGUGAACAUCCCAGGAAUAAUAGUGUCAUUACUUGCAAAGAUUUUGGCAGAGGUAAGUGCCGUUGGGGAGCAUCUUGCAGAUUUUCUCAUUCUGGGUCUUCUAGUCACAUCUAUGAUAGUAGUAUCAGGAAUACAUCCCCUGAUUACAAUUGGAAGCAUGAACCAAGUAAAACUAGUAGACGUCUGUGCAAGUAUUUUGUUGCGGGAAAGUGCUAUAGUGAAAACUGCAAUUUUUCUCAUGAUGGUGCUAUACAAACAGAUGUUGGAAUUAGUUCCUCUAAUAACGUAGGUGGCCACAGAUUGGAUAAUAAAAAGCAUAACUGGGAUGACCUAAGGUGGGAUGAUGCAGAAAUGGACUCUAGCUUCAAUACUGCUCCUAUAGGUGAGAGUGUAGCAAUAUCAAACCAUUCGGAUGCGGUUCAUACUGAUAGAGUUGGUCACAUUGGGGAUCAUGGCUUGGUUAACUCAAAUGAGUUGUGGAACAAAUCAGUGUGGGAUGAUGAUACAGCUAGGACUUCUAAUCUUGAGAAGACUAAUGAGCGGCUUGACACUGCUGCGAGGGAAAACUCUGAUAUUACUGUACCUUUUGGUCAGACAAAUAGUAGAUGGGCUCACAAUUCGGAAAAUGAGAGAGCUAUGUGGAAAAAUACAACUUCGUGCGAGGAGAGAGAUGUUUAUCCUAAAGUUGAAUCUACUCUGAAAAGCUCCAGUAAUGACCAUUACAGUAAUGCUAUAUCUCAAGCUUCACUACUCCCAAGUCUGGGCGGAUGUUUAGUUCAUGGUGAAAGACAGGAGAAAAUGAAAGAUGCUUCUCAGGGGGCUUUUCCCUGCAAUGUUGUUCACCCUUAUAUAAUGUCAAAUCAUCCUCUUGAGUCAUAUCCUUUUCGGGACACUGGCAAGACAAAUAAAUCUGAUGUGUUAAAUGAUGUAAACAUCGAUAGUCAGACUACCUAUCCAGUUUUAUUACCAGAACAAAGAUUCAAUGAAGUUAGUGAGAGGUCUAACCUAGGUUCUGAAUAUUCCUCAUGCUUGGAUGGAGCUGCCCAAGGUGAUUCUAAGCUUCAUGCCAUCCCUUCAAAUGGACAUAGUAUCAUUCCAAAAGAUAGUACGUGCUAUCAGAAUAAAGAAGCUGCCACCAGAUCAGAGGUGCUGGAUUUAAGUCUUUCUGGUGCUACAUUCAGUGUCCCAACAACUGAAAUGCAUGGCUCUCCAGCUCCUCUCACAGAGAAAUUUGAGUAUGAGCCGGGAAAAUCUCAGCAACAUGAAGUUGCAUCUCCAUCAGUCAUCUGUUCUGAUUCCAACCCUGGACUGCUUCCAACCUUCAAUGCUGUAUAUUCUAGAGUCGAUCCAGUUAUAAAUGAUUCAGAUAUGUGCCAAGCCCAUGGUGAUGAAUCUCAAUGGGGUAUGCCUGACAACUUUGUAAUACCUGUUAAUGCCUCCAACUUGAGUCAACAUGGAAUCAAAGAUUCUUUAAAGCAAAUGAAUCAAUCAUCUUCCUUGAACUCCGAAGCUGGACACAUAAAGCAGUAUAAUGCUUCAAAUGUAGAGUGCACCGGGGAUCAAUGUUUGAAGCAGCAGGAGUCUGGUGCAAAAUCAGAACUGAAUGAAAAUAAAAGACUUCAAGCCAAUGAUUGUGGGGAUGAGCAACAAAAUAAUAACCCUUACAGUGUCGGUGUCACUGGUAAGUGUGAAGAGGUGAAUGGUAAGAAAGAUGAUAAGGUUACACGGUUGUUCAAGAUUGCUCUUAUAGAGUUAGUCAAAGAGAUCCUGAAGCCGAAAUGGAAAGAAGGUCGCAUGAGCCGAGAAGUACACAAGACUAUUGUUAAGAAGGUGGUUGAUAAAGUGAUGGGUAGUAUCCAAGGAGAUCAUUUCCCUAAAAGUCAAGAUAAAAUUGAGCACUAUCUGUCCUGUUCUAAAGCCAAAAUUAACAAACUGGCACAGGACAAAGUUGAUUUGGAAUGAAAAUUGAAAGUUCAAAAAUAAAGAUUGAUCAGGGAAUCAAACACGUGAUGUCAUGGAAACCGCAUCUGCUGUACAACCAUCUCACCAACACGCUUACUGUCUAUAAUUCGAAGCUCAAAUGGAUUAUAUCUUUUCUACACAGCAUUGCUAACUACCUUACUAAUGGCAUAUGUGGAGCGAAGUCUAAAGGAAAACUCUUGACAUUUGAGAUUCAGAACUUUUGUUUUUGUUAUGGAGUGUCAUGUGAAUGUUGAAGAAUUACAGACUUGGAGUUAGGAUAUUUUGAUUUGUUUUUAUGUGUUUGUUGAAGGGUAAGUUGCCUAGCGUUUUUCUUUUUUCUUUUUUCCUUUCAUAGCUAUGUAUUUAUUCUUUUCUUUUCAAGCAAAACGCUAUCGAUUUGAUAAAUCUUAUUCUCAUAAGAUUAUGCUUCGGCUUGAGUAUGACCAUUGCUUGGGCUUAAACUAACUAUGGAUAUGUUGUUUGACUUAAAAACCUG